UGUCAGAAUAAAUAAAAAUAACAACUCAUCACUGAAGAUGUAUCCUGAUGAUAUAAAUAUAGAGAUACGCUAAAAAUCAGAAUCAUCUAGAAGAAUAAGUAGGACUCAUCAUGGCCCUCGCAGCCCAUACCCGAAAGAACAGCAAAAAAGUCUUUCCAUUGGAAUCUCUUCUACCCCCACAGGUUCCACGAAGCAAUUACUUGCAUUUUCUGGAAGAGAAACAAAGACUCCAGCUAAAGAAAUUCCUUCUUGACAGGAUGUUUCUAGUAGCCAAGACAAGACCCAACAUAGAGAAAAAAGAUAUCACUGAAUACUACGAACAGUUGUUUCAGUCAAUUUCAAAACGUCACUUAGGAGAGGCGGUGACAGGAUUGCUGUUCAUGUAUCGCACUUUCAUUCUGCACAUCCUUGAGUCCUCCAGCGGGACUCUUUAUCGGGUUCUUUCAGAUUACCUUCACCAUGAACAGAAUGAAACGGAGUAUUUUAUCCAAGGGAUGAAAGUAAUAGUCGUGUCCCAUAACAUCCCAACAAGGAUCUUCAUGCAAUGGCAAGUUGUAGUAAUAAAAGUGCCAGUCAUAUAUCUUGAUGAUGUGACACAGUCACAGUCCCUGAAAGAGGUCAUCACAGAGUUUCUCACCCAAACUCAUAAACUAGCACUCCACCUUUUUAAGACUGUUAAAGUGGGCACUAAAGGGCCAGCGGACAACUUGCACCAACCUGAACCUGACUUACUCCUCCAAGAACAAAUAAUAAAGUACUUGUACAAAUCGGAACAAUUCAUGGACCCAGGAGCUUUCCUAAACAUGUACAAUAAACCCAUUCACGUCACCAUGGAUUCUGAUGUGGUGUGGCCUGCUCCUUCCCAUUUCUAG